CAGCGAAGCACCAUGCAGAAAGCAGCAACAGGCCGUCUGCUCGGGAGAGCCCCGCAGCCAGCGAUCGGCUCUGCGCGCUCUGCACGGAGUGCGAGAUCCCUCACUCCCGCUCUUGUAGUUUGCGCAAGACGAGCACGGGCGUCCAAGGCGGAUGAUGAUGCAGGCGCAUCCGACCUGUCUGCCUCCGCGCCACCAGCGCCGUAUGGCGACGCACUGCUUGCGCGCGAGUACGAGCUGUGGCAGCGCCAGGCGGCCAUGUACGAGCGGCUGCUUGAGCAGGCAGACCACGAGCAGCAGCGCUUUGCCGAGGAGCGCCUGGAAUGGAAGGCCACAGAGGCGGCGCUGCGGCAGGAGGCUGCCGAGCUGCGUGCACAGCUGCUCUAUGUGCUGGCCCAGCUCAACAGCGGGCAGGCCGGCGGCGGGGCGGCAGCUGCACAGCCAGGCGCCGCCGCCACGGCCGCCAGCAGCACCAGCAGCUACAUGGCCAGCAGCCAGCAGGCGGCCAUUGCGGCGCGGGAGCCAGCCGCUGCGCUGGCCAGCACCAGCUUUGGCAGCGCCGUGAGCCCUGCAGAGCAGGUCAAGGCGGUUGUGGAUGCCAUGAAGGCCGGUGCUGGCGGCAGCACAGCGCAGCCCCCCCCGCCUGCCGUUGCCCCCAGCAGCGUCAGCAGCAGCAGCGUGGUGAGCCCUAGCGCGGCAUGGCCAGCGGGCAGCAACUCGGAGCUGCCCUCUUAUGCCGUGGAUCUGGCGGCAGCGGUGGCAGCUGUGGACACCACAGAUGUGCUCAAGGGCGUGGGCAUGUUUGAGCUGCAGGAGCGGCGGGCUGCUGUGCAAGCUGAGGCCGCUGCCAGCAGCUUGGCGGCAACGCCGGUGGAGGAGCCAGGAGUGGCUCCACCAGUGGAGCAGCCGGUGGCAGCACCGCCCCAGCCAGCCGCCGCCGAGGCGGAUGCAGAGGCAUCCCACGGACCGCCCCCACCACUCACCCUAGGCGCUGACGACAUCUUUUGG